UUUGAAACCGAAUGUCAUCGAAUUUCUAAGGAAAUAUUUUUGGCGGGAACUUUCUGCAUUGAUAUUGGAGUUAUUCGUCAUUAUCUCUCUUCGUGGAUAAUGAACCAACUUUAUCAGGAAAACAACCAAAACCAAGUAAAAGAUAUUGUGGCUGAAGAAGUUUCACUCUUGUUUUUCAAGUUUCUAGAAACAUUUGAAGAUGAAAAUAUAGGAGAAGAGACCCAUUCAUUUGUAUAUUACAGACAGCUAGAGGAACUACGUCAAAAUGAAAGGACUACUUUAUACAUCGACUAUAUGCAUAUCAUUCAGUUUGACGAGACUCUUGCUAAUGCAAUCGAAUCCAAUUAUUACAGAUUCGAACCUUAUCUACGUUCAAGUGCUACCGAGUUUGGUAAAAAACACUUUGCAGAGUAUAUGAAGACAGAACAGGGUCAAACAAAACAACUUUGGGUUUCUAUCUACAACUUUCCUCAAGUUCACAAGCUUCGGGACUUGAGAAGUAACAAAGUAGGUUCGCUGAUGGCAAUCAGUGGAACUGUUACAAGAACUUCGGAUGUACGCCCAGAGCUUUUAAAAGGCUGUUUCGUAUGCAAGAAUUGUGGACAUCAAUCAGAAAAUAUUGAACAACAGUUUCGAUACACGGAACCUCCUAUCUGUACAGCUUGUAACAGCAAACAUAAUUGGACUUUAGAUGUGACCAAGUCUCUGUUUGUAGAUUGGCAGCGCAUCCGCUUACAAGAAAAUUCCAAUGAAAUUCCUGCUGGUUCCAUGCCACGUACAAUAGAUGUGAUUAUACGAAAUGAUGAUGUCGAAGUUGCCAAAGCAGGUGAUAGAUGUAUAUUUGUUGGCAGCUUGAUUGUUAUUCCAGAGCCUACCAGUUUGGCCGCAGCUGGAGAAAGGAUUGAAUUGACAGGGCCUAAAGACUUCCGAACGGAAGGUGUUACCGGUGCAAAGGAAUUUGGUUCUCGAGAACUCAACUAUCGAAUAUCUUUCUUAGCCUGUUAUGUUUGUCAUUUAGAAUUGUAUUCAAAACCUAGAAGUCUUCAUCGCACUUCUGAGAUAGAAGAUGAUGCCGAGCUUGUUAUGGAAUCCUUUUCAGCUGAGGAGCGACAAGAAAUCUUUUCGAUGCGUUCAACUCCCAAUUUAUAUCAAGCAUUGGUAGAUUCUGUUGCACCCACAAUAUAUGGACACGACGAAAUCAAAAGAGGAAUCUUACUGAUGCUCUUUGGUGGAGUUCAUAAAGUUACUGAUGAAGGAAUGAACUUACGAGGUGACAUCAACAUUUGUAUCGUUGGAGAUCCAAGUUGUGCGAAAAGCCAGUUUUUGAAAUACGUUUGUAACUUUUUGCCUAGAAGCGUUUACACAUCAGGAAAGGCUUCUUCAGCUGCUGGCCUGACUGCCUCUGUUGUGAAAGAUGCAGAGACAAAUGAGUUUUGUAUGGAAGCUGGAGCUCUCAUGUUGGCAGACAAUGGCAUUUGUUGCAUUGAUGAAUUUGAUAAGAUGGACUUGAAAGACCAAGUGGCCAUUCAUGAGGCAAUGGAACAACAAACAAUAUCCAUUGCAAAAGCAGGUAUUCAGGCAACCUUGAAUGCGCGAACUGCAAUCCUAGCUGCUGCCAAUCCUGUUGGAGGAAGAUACGAUCGAUCGAAAACUUUAAAGCAAAAUCUGGCCAUGAGUGCUCCAAUUAUGUCACGUUUUGAUUUAUUCUUUGUGAUUCUUGACGAAUGUGAAGAAGUUUCUGACUAUCAUAUCGCAGAAUAUAUUCUAAAAAUUCAUCAGCACACUCAAACUACUACUACAACUCCAUUUUCGCAGGAACAACUUAAACGGUAUAUCAAAUACGCAAGAACUUUACAUCCUAAAUUAACAGAAGAAGCCAACCAAUUGCUCGUUCAUUACUAUCAGAGAAUACGACAAAGUGAUUCACAAGGUGGCAAGACUUCCUACAGAAUAACUGUACGACAGUUAGAAAGCAUGAUUCGACUAUCCGAGGCAUUGGCUCGUUUACAUUUAGAUGAUCAAGUGCAUCCUAAAUAUGUGAGAGAGGCGGCAAGGCUUCUUAAAAAUAGCAUUAUUCACAUAGAAUGUGAGGAUAUUUCUUUAGAAGAUGAGAAUGUACUUUCAUCGACUACUCCUAACACACAAAUACCAUACGAGUCAGUGGCCAAUAGAGAGAACAGGGAGCCUAAUAAUCUAUCUUCCGAACAGUCAAAUAGUGCCAAUGAAAAGAAAGAUAAAUUACGAAUCAGUUUUCAAGAGUUUCAGAUAUUGACGAAUCGAAUAGCUCUAUUUCUAAGAAGAAAAGAGGCAGAGGGAAUUGCUGCUGUUCCUCAACGUGAAAUUGUAGAUUAUCUAUUGGAAGUAGAAGAUGAAGAAUCCGAAAUUCAAACGGAACAAGCAUUAUUAGAGCAAGCAAAGAAAAUGAAACUCGUAGUCAAUCGCUUGAAGAACGACUUUUAGCUCUUCACCCUAAUUUUGUGU